GCAUUCUUAACAAACGUCGACUGUUUUUCGUAUUUGGUAGAAAAACUUGUGUGAAUUGCGAACAAGGAAGAGUAUUUUGUUGAGAGAUCAACAUAAACCCACAAUAUACAUCUAGACAAACACGAAGUCAGUCAACAUCAGCAUCGUCAUCUUCAUCAACAAGCACAACCUUCCUUUACAUCUGGCAAACACUCAGUUACAAACUUUUCAAUUAAAUUUCGAAUUAUUUUAGGUGAUGGCAUCUCAAAAUCUUCAAUCUGUUGACACCAUCAAGGUUGAAACUGUCAGUGCCACUGAACCUCAGCAGGAACAGGCUCAUAACCCUUGGCCCCACCUGGACGAGUACUUCUUGAUCAAGUCAAGGGAAGGAGACAAGUUGAUUUUCAACUGCAAUAUGUGCCUGCCCAAAACUGUGCCUAUCAAAGCACACACAACAAGCCUCAACAACCUCAAGCAACACAUCAAGAGGACUCAUCCAACCAAGUUCAUGCAGUUUGAGAUGAAGAUCAAGAUAGGUUCAUUUCGUGGGAAAAUCAAGAAGAGGUUUUCUUCUGAUUCCAACAGCAGCAAAUGCUCUUCAGAAUUAUCGAGUCCGUAUUCACCUCCCUCUGGCAAGAAAGUACGCCAGCAAAUCAUUGCUGAGUCCUUUGACAUCACUGCUACUGGCAGUGACAUACCCCAAGCUGCUGUGGAUCAAAAGAUUGUAAACCUAUUUGUAGCCAACAUGCUGCCACUCCACAUUGUAGAGUCUGACACGUUCAAGAGGCUAAUCAAGACACUGAACCCCAGCAAGAGCUCCAUGUCGAGGAGGACACUCGGCAGGCAAAUCAUUAAUUUGCAUACUGAUUUGAAGCAGUACUUGAUCAGAGUUCUUGGCGAUGUUCAGUGGGUGGCCACCACAGCUGACUGCUGGUUUGCUCACAAGAAAGGCUAUCUGGGCAUGACUGUCCACUGGUUGGACCCCAUCACCAGGCAGAGGCAGCAAGCGGUGCUUGCGUGCAUCAGGCUGACAGGCCAUCAUUCCUAUGAUGUGCUUGCACAGGCCAUGGUCAAGGUCCACUAUGAAUUCCACAUUGAGAAAAAAGUCACCAGGACUACCAUAGGCAAUGGCUGCAACUUUGUGAAAGCCUUUGUCCAGUUUGGGGAAGAGGCUAACACACUGCCAGGCCCACCAGUGGCUCAGGAUGUGGACAUCGGCCCUGAUGAUGCUGCUAAGGCUACCCUGUUGGCUGAAUCCGUGGACGAGCAUGAGUUGGAGUAUACCUCCCUAGAAGACUUCGUGGUCAUGCCUGUGGCUGAGCCUGACGAUGUUGACACUGUUGUUGGCAAUCCCAUCAACCUGCCAGUUCACAUGAAAUGUGCUGCCCACACCUUCAACCUAGUGGCCAGCAAGGAUACAGAUGCUGCACUGCAGAGUGCAGAGUUCAAGGGGCCCUACAGGGUUGCCAUGGCCAAGGCACGUGCCCUCUGGAACCAGCAAGAAAGCAGCAUUAUGGCAGCAGACAGCAUCUAUGCUGAGGUGGGGAGGAUGCUGGUUGUCCCCAACAUGACUAGGUGGAACUCCACCUAUGACUCUGUGGUGGACCUCAAUACCAUCCUAGAGACUAAGAGGCCUGUUCUCCACAGAGUCAUGACCCAGUUGAAGGUCAACAACUUUGACAACCAGGAUGUCGACUUCAUGAAUGAGUAUGCAAAGGUAAUAAAUCUCUCUAUAUAAAAUUCA